UCAACGACACAUCCGGUCUCUCCUCAGAGCGCUCGAGAAAGUUCUGCGCAGCGGCGCGGCUAUAAGACUGAGCCGCCUUCCCCCUGACAACUAGAUUCAGAGUUAAGUGGCACCCUAGCAGUCCUAGAAUCUCAAGCACUUGGCAAGCAGUUCACCAUGGUUCACGAAACCGGUUACUACGAUCUCUUGGGUGUCAGCCCCAAAGCCUCACCAGAGGAAAUCAAGAAAGCCUACAGAAAACUUGCACUGAAAUAUCACCCUGACAAGAACCCAAGUGAAGGAGAGAGGUUCAAGCUCAUCUCUCAAGCAUAUGAGGUGCUGUCUGAUCCAAAAAAGAGAGACCUGUAUGACCAGGGAGGGGAACAAGCCAUCAAAGAAGGAGGCAUGAGUGGAGGAACGUCUCCAAUGGACAUGUUCAAUAUGUUCUUUGGAGGAGGUGGACGGAUGCAGAGAGAGAGAAAAGGAAAGAAUGUUGUCCACCAGCUCAGUGUUUCUCUGGAGGAGAUGUACAAUGGGUCUACAAGAAAGCUUGGCCUUCAGAAGAAUGUCAUUUGUGAGAAAUGUGAUGGCUAUGGUGGUAAAAAGGGCACAUUGGAGAAGUGCUCCAGCUGCAAAGGAAGAGGAGUUCAUGUUAAGGUGCAGCAGGUUGGGCCUGGCAUGAUUCAGCAGAUCCAAAGCAUGUGUCCAGACUGCCAGGGGCAAGGCGAGAAGUUUAACUCGAAGGACCGCUGCAAGAACUGCAAUGGACACAAAGUAGAACGCAAGAAGAAAAUACUUGAAGUUCACAUUGACAAAGGUAUGAAAGACGGUCAGAAAAUCACAUUCCACGGAGAGGGUGACCAAGAACCUGGGUCGGAGCCUGGAGAUGUUAUCAUUGUCCUGGAUCAGAAGGAGCACCCAGUUUUCAAGAGAGAAGAUGAUAACUUAAUAAUGAAGAUGAACAUCAAACUUGUAGAGGCUCUGUGUGGUUUCAAGAAGACCAUUGAAACAUUAGACAACAGAACACUCAUCAUUAGUUCCCAGCCAGGUGAAGUAAUCAAGCACAAUGAAAUCAAAUGUGUUCAGAAUGAGGGCAUGCCAAUAUACAGGGAUCCUUAUGAAAAAGGACAGCUUAUCAUUCGGUUUGAGGUGGAGUUCCCAGAAAAUCACUGGCUCCCAGAGCAUCUCAUGUACCAGCUAGAAAGACUCCUCCCUGCCAAACAAGAUGUGAUGAUUACUGAAGACAUGGAGGAGGUGGACCUCUGUGAGGUGGAUCUGCAAUCACAACAGAAAAACUACAGUGGGGAAGCAUAUGAGGAGGACAAUGAGGGUCCCAGAGGCGGAGUGCAAUGUCAGACACAGUGAUUGUAGUCUACAGGGCCAGUUCUUUGUAAAGCAUGUGGGAUUUUUAUUCAUGUUUUGGAUUAUUUUAUUUGUUUUGUAAAGGUUCGGCCCAUGCCUUUAAGUUCAUACUUCAUAACUGUAAUGUAAAAAUUGUGGCAUUACGCUUAGAGGGGUUGCCAAUGUUUUUUUUUUUUUUUUUCUUCUUUCUUUUGUGUGUGGUGGUACUACACAAACAUGCACAUGGAGAAUUGUCCUAAGGUCAUCAAAACCAUAUUUUUGUUUCUCUCUUGUAUUCUCUGUUUAAGAUCCAUGUCAUUUCUUUGUCUUUCUCAAAUUAAUGUGACAACUUUUCUUUUUUUUUUUUAUUCAGAAGCUGAAAAGACUUUGUAUGCUUUCUGUGAAGGUAAUGUCAAGAAAAACACAUUGGGUCAUUUGUCAAUAAAGUCACUGUGCCAAGCAA